AUGCCUCGCGGCUACCAACGAGCUCCGUCAACGGAGGAAGCAACAGCAGAGAUUCCAGCGGAGAAGAAGCUCCUUCAUCCCAACUACCCUUUUCUCAUGUCCUCAAAAGGUCUCAAUGCGUUUGAACUCGAAGAAGACGAAGAUGAAGGCUCAGACCUCGAUGAUCAGUUGGCUUUUAGCAUAAGCAACGAUGUUCUUGUAGAUGCCAAAGAAGUAUCCUUAGGGGAACUGAUCGGCGAAGGCUCAUCUUCUAAAGUCUACAAAGGAUUAUGGAUUCUUUGGAUGAUUUAUCGGUUCAGGAAAGUUCAACCUGUGUCAGUGAAGAUAUUCCAGUCUCAAAGAGUUAGUAGCAUUGAGCAGAAGAGAAAGUUUGAAAGGGAGGUUCUCUUGCUCUCCAAGAUUAAACAUGAUAACAUUGUGCAGUUUAUUGGGGCCUGCAUAAAACCAAAGCUGAUGAUAGUUACUGAACUUAUGGAAGGCGAUACUUUGCACAAGUUUAUGUUGAGUAAUCGUCCAAAUCCUCUUGAUUUGAAGCUCUCCAUUAGCUUUGCCUUGGAUAUUGCUCGUGGAAUGGAGUUCUUGAAUGCUAAUGGCAUCAUUCACCGUGAUUUGAAACCCAGUAAUAUGCUGUUAACAAAGGAUCAGAAACAUGUGAAGUUGGCUGAUUUUGGACUUGCUAGAGAGGAAACUAAAGGUUUCAUGACUUGUGAAGCUGGUACCUAUAGAUGGAUGGCUCCUGAGAUAUUCAGCCAUGAGGCACUUCAAGUUGGAGAAAAGAAACUGUAUGAUCAUAAGGUGGAUGUGUACAGCUUUGCUAUUGUCUUCUGGGAGUUACUUACCAACAGAAUCCCAUUCAAAGGGAAGAACAACAUCUGUGUUGCUUAUGCGGCCAGUAAAAACCAGAGACCAAGUCUGGAUAAUCUUCCUCCAGGUGUUGGUUGUCUCCUUGAAGCAUGCUGGGAUGCGGAUCCUAAAGCUCGUCCUGAGUUCAAAGAGAUUACAGUGUCACUAGAAAAACUGCUUAGAAGCUUAUGCUCAGAUGAUGAUGCAACCGAGGAUUUGACAAUCAGUUUGGUUCAAGAACCUCGUGUUGUCUAUGACUUUCCCAAACUGAAGACUACCAGUAAGAAGAAGAAGAAGAAGAAAAAUAAAGUGAUGAAUAUGAUGGCUCCGUUCCUCAAGAUCUUCACAGAUUGUAUUCCCAAGUAG